AUGAGCAAGGAAGAUUAUGAAAGGGAUCGUACACGAUGGCAGCAAAAGCUAGACGACACUGCAAAACGUUUGGCCGAUGCUGAAAUCAUUAAUUCUGAAAUGAAUCAAAUCAAGGCCGAAUUGAACAAAAAAAUCGUCGAAAUGGAACGUAACCAGCGACCUUUGAUCGAACAGAAUCGUCGAUUGUCCGAGCGUAAUCGCAUUCUUCAAAAUGAAACUAAGAAGUGCGAACAGAAACUGCGCCAUACACAAGACGACUUCCUUACAUUAAAGGAUAGCUACGAAAGGUUGAUGAAAGACAAUCAGAGCCUGAAAGAAAGAAGAGCUUUUCCUGAAAAAUUAGAAGAAUUGGAUAGGUAUAGAAACCAGGUGCUGGAAUAUUCAAAAUGUAUUACAGCCCUUAGACAAGCCGGUUUGGUAAGUACAGAAAUGUUCGAAUUGAACUUUGAUGAUUUUUUUUUAACGCAUUUUUCUUUAUGUUUUACGCAUAUAACAUAUCAACAUGGAUCAUUUUCUUCGGCUCGUGUUCUUCCUAGUGGCCACUGA